AUGGACUGUAGAGCGAAAGUAGCUAUUCUAGGUGCUUGCGGAUCGGGUAAAAGUAGUGUCACUAAAAAGUUCCUGACUGGGAGCUUUGAUCCCAACCAUCCUGCUACAAUUGGGGCAGCUUAUCAAUCAAAGAAAAUAGAACGAAAUGGUGAAUGCAUUUCAGUUGAUAUUUGGGAUACAGCCGGUCAGGAAAGGUAUGGGGCAAUUGCUCCUAUGUACUAUCGUGAUGCCCAUGCUGUAAUUGUAGUUUAUGAUGUAACUGAUUUAGAAAGUGUAUCUGCUGCACGUAAAUGGUGCAGUACAGUAAGAGCUGCCAAUAAGAAGGGACUUUUAUUCGUAUUUGGGAACAAAGUAGAUCUAAUGUUGAAGAACUACGAUGCCCCGGCCUUUAUGAACCAGCCGGAACUUGGCUCAGUUAAGGAGACUUUAAGGUCUCUCUCGGAAACAGCCACAGCUCAGUUUAAAGAGUACCAGGCCGUGCAUAUGUGUGGCUCGGCUAAAACAGGAGAGGGGGUGGACUUUCUCUUUCAGUCAGUUAUGAACCAAACGGAGUACACGCGUCGGAUUAGUGAAGUACCUAAUGCCUGGUGCUGUUUCUAA